AUGGCUAAGUCCAUUGACAUAACAACCCAUUGCACACUCGCCCUCCCCUAUCUACCAUCUGCCUUGCCUCCUCCCUUCCUCCAACUCGUGCCUCAUGCAUCCACAACAAUGCACAACACGCACAACUCAUUCACAUGCAAAACGCAUCUGCAUUGGUCCAUCUACAUAUGUUGCAUCCUCUACAUCACGUUGCUUCAUUCGCUGUCUCAUGGUGGCCUUCAGGUCGUCCUCGCCUCAUCUACAAAGGACGUUGCAAGCCCGCUUCAUGCUCUUUUCCUCACGUUGGCGAUUUUGGGCCUGUGGAAUUCAAAGACAACAUUACCCUCAACCACUAGCUCGUCUAGCUUGGUGGCGCGCUAUCUUGCCCCAGAGGAAUUGGCUCGGGUUGUUUCGGGUGGAGCUCUUCAGGUGGCAGUCUCGCGUGUACUUACCGCAGCCAGGUCUCUCCGGUUGGGCGACGUAAUCUCGUCAGCCAGCGCCACUCGGUGCGCAGUCAUCGAGCUGGCCAGUGCAAGCAAGUUUAUUCUUUAA